CUUUUUUAUACAAAGGUAAUAAAAAUCAUUUAAUUCAACAUUUAAUUGAUAUUUUGAUUGACAAAUAUGUGACGUAUUCUAUUUGUUGACGUCAUGAACAUUUUUGAACCACACAGUCGCCAUUUUGUUGGCAUUGAUCAGUCAGGGAGUUCCGAUCCCAAAUUUUGAAAACUAUAUAAUUCGCUUCUUAUCGAAACGUGUAAGAGGCCGAACUAAGUAAAGGUUAGUUGGCUACUUCUAUUUUGUCGAAUUGUGCUAUUGUAAACUCUAUAAACACCUUUUAAAAGUUGUUUUAUACACUGGACUCUCUGCAGCGUGUUUAUAUUUAAAUUUUCCAGCCAUGGCGAGAGUGUCGAAGUUAGGAACGGAAUUUUAAGGCGGCUCGUUAUUUCGACACGUCUUUAAUUUAAACUGAUAAAUGCUGUACAACUUAAAUUUAAUUGAUCAACUGCAGAUUUAUUUUGUCUGUGAGCGAAUUUUAGUAAACAUAAGAGUCCUAAAUGCUUGUCCAUAUAAAUUGUUCUAAAGAAAUUGUAGAUAUCUUGCUUGUAAAUUUUCUUAACAGUACUUAAAAUGAGUACAUAUGUUUAAUUAGUAAUAUGUAGAUAUAAUGAGUCAUGUACAUUUAUUGAUGUAAAUAGUGAUGUAUAUCUGUUUCCAAAUAUUUUAUUUAAAGUAAAAAACACACACAUGAAAAUGAUAAAGCAUGGGUUUUUCCAUGUAUUUAAAUAUCGACCUUAUUUUAUAUUACAGUUACAACGAUGUCAAAGCAAGUAGCAGCAAAUAAAUACCGCAGAUAUUCGCCUUCGAAGUUGGUCACUGCUAUAUCUAUGGUGCAAAGCGGAGCUAUGUCGAAGAAAAAGGCGGCGAUGACAUUUGGAAUACCAAGAACAACACUGAUUGAUAAGCUUAGUGGAAAAGCACCAAUGGGUUCGAAUCCUGGUAAGCAGUGUGUACUGACAGUGGCAGAAGAACGUGUUCUUGUUGAUUACAUCAAGCUUAUGUCAUCUAUAGGUUAUCCACUAAAGCGUCAAGAACUAUGUUAUGAAGUAAAAAAGGUUUUAGAUCACGAUGGGCGGAAAACACCUUUUAAGGACAAUCUACCUGGAAAACAUUGGUAUCAAUUAUUUUCAAAACGUCACCCUGAGCUUUGUGAAAGAACUGCUAUGGCUUUAGGUCACCAGCGAUCUUUGAUUAAUUUUGAAAUGGUUGAAGGGUGGUUUAGUGGUUUAACCUCUUAUCUAAAGCAAGAGGUUUCUGACUGGAAAGCCCUUAUUAACGACCCAAGAAGAAUGUUCAAUGCCGAUGAAAGCGGAUUUCCGUUAUCUGUAACAAAUGGUAAAGUCUUAACGGAAAAGGGUGUUCGGCAUGUUUACCAAGUUUGCACAAGCAAUAAAACGCAAAUCACAGUGCUUGUGUGCUUCAACGCUUAUGGAAAUUAUGUAUCGCCUCUAAUAGUCUAUCCGGGAGAUCGAUUCCGUGACUCUGGAAUACACGAAUUUGACGAAGCUAUAUACGGACAUACGAGUAGCGGUUGGAUGGACUCAGAAUUGUUUGUGGAAUUCCUCAAACACUUGAAUGAAUUUGUUAUUAACAGAAACAUUCCAAAGCCCAUCAUGCUUCUGGUGGAUGGACACUCAACGCACAUGUCUUUCGAUGCUGCACAUUACUGCUUUUCUAAUGGCAUCAUAUUGUAUUGCCUCCUUGCAAACGCAACGCAUGUACUCCAACCUUGCGAUGUGGGCUUCUUUUCGCCUAUGAAAGCCGCAUGGAAAAAGGAAGUUAAAACAUGGCAGCUUGAAAAUCUUGGCCAGGCACUUACGAAAAAGCACUUCCCUGGGGUUUUCAAGAAAGCGUGGCUGAAAGUAGCUAAGAUUGAAAACGCGAUUCACGGGUUUCAAAAAUGUGGACUGUUUCCUUUGAAUCCAAAUAAUAUUGAUUUAACGAAAUUGAACCCGUCCAAGGCAAUUUCUCACACUAUAACAUCUGAAAGUGGUGAGCAAAUCGGUGAUGACAAAGAUGUCGCUGUCAAAGUUACCGGAGAUGCUGAAGUUGAUUCAGUUCAGCUGAACAACACAAGUGAAAUGAGUACAUCUAGCAAUAUGAUAACCUCGCUUGAUGUAACAACAGAUGACAUGAAUACAUGUAUCUCAACAGAUAAUAUGAAUACCAGCAGUCAGAUAAGCACAGACGCUGAUGAGAAAAUCAACCAUCUCCAAGGUAUUCACAAACCAACGGCAAAUAUUACCGAUAUUACCGAUAUCAGUAGUGGGAAUCAAGCACCAGGUCCGUCAUAUGUCAAACAAUCUAGAGACACGGUGUCAGAAUCAUUUUCUUUGCUUGCUGUACCAGAAGUUAAGAAGAAGCGAUCAGCUAACACUCUACGGAAAAGGCUACCUAAAGCAUUAUCGGGCAAAGAAGCGCUAAGAAUGCUGCAAGAAAAAGAAAAUGCUAAAAAGGCUGAUGAAUUGGCUAAACAGAAACGUAAAGAAGAGAGAGAAGCAAAAAAGGCAAAGAAACUUGAAGAAAAAGAACUCAAACGAAUCCAACGAGAAGAAAACAAAAAGAAAAGAGUGCAGUCACGAUUAGUUAAACAUAAUCAAUCACAUAACAAGAAGCGGUCCAAGACCAAUGAAUCUGAAUCUUCUGAGUCAUCUGAAGACGACUUUGAAAAUCCACUGAUUAUGGAUUCAGAUGAUGACUGCAACGAAGAGCUAAUCUGCCCUGGAUGUCAAUCCGAUGAAGGGAGCAGCGAGGAAUGGAUCCGUUGUACUGCUUGUUCCCGUCGUUGGCAUAUCACGUGCACUGGUGACGCCGUAUUGUUUGAAAUCCCGACUUCACAGAUUAACAAUUAUCCGUUUCACUGUGAAUUCUGUGUAUAGAAUAUAUUAAAGUAUGCACAUUUAAAACAGAAAAAACAGCUAGCAUUGCUCGACUGGUCAAACAAAUAAGUUUAAUAGUUCGUUCACAUGAUGUUAGGGCCGUUAAAUUUUAAUAAAAGAGUUGGAAUUCAUUAUGUUUAUGUUUUUUUUAAAACACAAUAUGGGUGUCGAAUUUAGGGUCACCGUGUCGGAAUAACGGACUCAGAAGGAAUUAGAUUAGUAAUGUGUUACAUCACAUACUUUAGGUUUAUUUAAGAAGUUGUAUUUACAAAAAGAACCUAAAAUGAAGGACACUUUACAUUGCGGUGUCGAAAUAAGGAUAUGUAUAAAAUUAUACAAUUAUCACGAAUUUUUAUCUUAAGGUGUCGAAAUAUGGAUACUUUAC